AAGCGACAUUGAGUUGAUAGGAGCAUUGUGAUUGACGGCGAGAGUGUGUGGAAACAAGAGGUAUUGUAUUAUCUCAGUAUUUCCUCAGCAUAAAAGAGCCGGCUUGGCCACGGAUGGAAUGUGUAUCUGCUCUUGUCUAUUUCAUAACUCUUUGCUAUUUAUAUCCGAGUUUCUACUAUGGAACCUAGAGCUUCAUGCGAACAGGCUUCCGUGCGCAGUCUGAGCAAGCAGACCACAGGCUUACGCGUAAAGCCUGCGUCGGCAAGUCAAGAUAUAGCCAAGUUUCUGGUCCUGGUAUCUGUUAAAGCUCUGUCGAGCGUGUGCCACGAGGAGCAUGCCCGGAGCGCGGACCUUCUACGAUGCCGUGGCCGGAGAAUCUCUAGCGAACACUUCGCUCUGGGUGCCUGUUCCGCUCGUGUUAAGCCGCGACAUGGCUGCAGGCCUGCACGAUCGAUACCAGCGCAAGCGCAAGGCAACGUAUCCGAAAGAACCACUAUAAGAAACCAAAUCGACCGCAGCAUCUGGCCAGAGUCAUCGGCAGCCACCACAAAUGCAACGAGCGGCCGGUGGCACCGGCACGAUGCUCGGUUGCGUUUACCCGUGCAGCGCGGGGAGAGCACCAAGCUCUGGUUGCGUCACCACCACAACCCGCGGUUAGCAUCGAACGAGCAAACGUGGCCGAUUGAAAGCGCAGACAAGCCGGCAUUGGGCUGCUCAGUCUUCACACAGGGUGCGCGUUCGAAGUUCAAGCGUGUGCAUACCUACUUCACGUCGCGGAUCGCAGUAAGGACAGGGAAUCGGAGCCGUUGAGAAGCUGACCGACUUCGGAUCCACCCUCCGCGAUCUGAUUGGCUCACCGGCUGGCUACGCUGAAGGGCAGUACAUACGCUCCAAAGGACGAAGCAACGGCAAGAAGAAGUGCAUGGGUGAGUGAGUCAGUGUUCGGAAGCUGCUCCUCAUACGAUUCACGGGAUGUCGGUGGUGGUGGUGGUAGUGUCGAGAGGGUGAAGGAGCGCUUGGCAAGGCGAAUCAGCAACAACACGGUUUCGGUCCG